UGGAAAUCUGCGAUGUUCUUGGCCCAAGGGUUUUGAGCGGAGCAAGUAGCGACGGCCGGUGGCCACGAGAGCACGCGACUGAGCAGCGGUGCGGCAGACCAGGCGGACACACGGUGGCGGCGGAUCGGAGACGGGCACGCUGACGUCAACACGCGGCGGCGCGUCAGCACCGUAGCCACCGACAGCAGCAGGCAGCGCAAUCUCCGGCAGCUGGCAAGCCAGUGAGUGCCCUGUUUUGCUCUUGUUCGGGUCGAUUUUGUCUGAAUUUCUUCUGCUUGCUCGAUUUUUUGGGUGGUGACAAUCGUUUACCGGAGCGUUGUUCAGUAAGCGAGCUAAGAUGGCAGAGCCGGAGACGGGGACCACCAUCGUGGCCUCUUAUGUCUUCCAAUUCAAAGUUGAUUACGAACAAAGCCAGCAGCUUCCCAUUCACAAGGCCAUCUAUUCCGACAUCGUCUCCGCCGGAGGACAUCUGUGGAGGAUCAUGUGCUACCCGCGUGGCGAUACCGAGGACGACAAGGGCGAGUAUAUUUCUGUCUACCUCGAGCACAUGAGCAAAUCCACAAGCGUCGGGGCCAUCUUCGAUAUCUUCAUAAUCGGCAGGGACGGCAAAUCACCUACGUGGGACACGUCCAAGAUAUCCAGGACACUCCAAACCUUCGAAAUCAAUGGAGAUAAAGACCAGCGCGACUGCUGGGGAUGGAGUCAGUUCGUCAAGGAAACUAUUUUGGAGCAAGAUUACUUAACAGGGAGACACUUCACAAUUGUAUGUACCAUCAUGAUCAUCGAUGACAGUCCUCCCAUUGCCGUCCCGCCUCCAGACAUCGGAACCCAUCUUAGCCGUCUGCUAGAUCAUGCUGACAGGACAGACGUGUCAUUCGUCGUCGACGAUGAGACAUUCCGUGGUCACCGGGCGGUGCUUGCUGCCCGCUCACCGGUCUUUAGAGCAGAGCUCUUCGGUUCCAUGUCAGAGGCUACAAUGACGUCCAUCACGCUGCACGACAUCACACCUGCAACAUUCAAAGUUAUGCUUCGGUUCAUAUACACGGAUGAAUUGCCCGGAGAAGACGAGCCCGCAGACUCAUCCGUUGAGAUGUUUCAGGAUCUGCUCGCUGCUGCUGACCGGUAUGCACUGGACCGGCUGAAGAUUAUCUGUACCCAGAAGUUAUGGGAAAAAGUAUCGGUAGAUACAGUUGCAACUAUCUUAGCUUGUGCCGAGACCUACAAUUGUCAAGCGUUGAAGAACAAGUGCAUUAGCUUCUUUGUGGCGGAUGAAAAUUUCAAGGAGGCCAUGUUCACCGAUGGUUAUGCGCUACUGGUUCCGAAAUUCCCAUCGAUUACUGCUGAGCUCAAAAGGAGGGUUAGGGCAUAA